UUUAAGUUGACUUGUGUUUUGUUUUGAGUUUUGAUAUAAUUAACGAAUGGAUCUAUAGAGUUUUCUUACAAAUAAUAUGUAAACUGGUUUCAAGCGCACUGGAAAAAUACUAAUCAAAGAAAAGUCAACGAUUUGUUACUCAAACUUUGCAAAUUUAAGGACGUCUAGGAUAUGAUAAACUGUUGAUUGGUUAAUUGUCCCAACGAAACAUGUCAUCUACAGUAGAUCUAGUACUUCCGAAGGAAGAAGAGCCGUUUGGCUUGGGAUGUGCCUUAGAAUAUUUUGCAGAACACGAGGAAAUUUUCAACACCCUGGAUAAUCUCAAAAACAUCGUGGAUAGCGAAAAUACAGUCGAGAGGACCUAUGAAAAGUAUUCGUUUAUUCUCAAUCAAUAUAUUGAACAACCUCAUCUGAUAGAUUCGCACAUUACUCCACUAUUAGAAAAGUUCAUCGACAUCAUCCGAGAUACUGAAAACUCGAUGAAACUGAAACAUUUAGCCUUUAAAUUCAUGUUUGUUGUAGUUAACGUCAGGGGUUAUAAAGUUAUCAUGAGGAAUCUUCCCCACGAAGUGUCCGAUUUCGAACCGGUACUUCAACUCUUGGAGUCGCAGGCACCCGACGACGUCGAAACUUGGACAACUCGCUAUAUUUUAUUAUUAUGGCUUUCUAUAAUAGUAAUGAUACCGUUCCACAUGUCGAGGUUCGACGGUUUCAUGAAAGAUGGAUCAGACCAACCGACCGUCAUGGAGAGAAUCCUUAAUAUAAUCAAAGUAUACGCGGUCGUUCCAGAUAAAUGCAGAGAUUCCGCUGCGUAUUUGUGCCACCGUUUCAUCACGAGAAGCGACGUGAAGGAAAAACAUCUCUCAUCGUUCAUAGAUUGGGCCAAAGAGCUGAGUCUUUCCAACGGCAAUGUCUUUGUAAAACAAGGCGCUUUGGCCUGCAUUGCGACAAUCCUAAAGCACGGCAAACGCGAGGACCUUCUGCCGUACGCGACAGACUUGCUACAAUGGGUAGUAAGCGCGGAAUUUAAGAAUUUCCCCGGCGCCAAUGUGCAAAAGUUGGCGUACAAAAUCAUCCAACGCAUCGGAUUGACUUUCCUUCCGCCUCGAAUAGCUUCUUGGAGAUACAGAAGAGGCAACCGAUCCCUCGCAGCGAAUUUAAGUUCAGGAGAUUCCCACCAGAAAGUACCCAAAGUUCCCGCAUGCUCGAAAGAUUCCGAUGAAAUCGAAUCUGAGGAAGUUAUCGAAGUGCCCGAGGAGGUGGAAGAAGUAAUCGAUCAGUUAAUACUAGCGCUGAGAAGUUACGAUAAGGUCGUUAGAUGGUCGGCAGCUAAAGGAAUCGGUAGAGUGACAGGGCGGUUACCUAAAGAUCUCGCUGACGACGUCGUGGGAUCUAUACUGGAACUGUUUAAUCCCAGGGAAACCGAUGGAGCAUGGCACGGAGGUUGUCUGGCUUUAGCUGAGUUGAGUAGAAGAGGUUUGCUUCUACCCGAUAGAUUACCGCAAGUGGUUCCAGUCGUACUGAAAGCUUUAGUGUAUGACGAACCGAAAGGAUAUUCUUCCGUCGGAUCCCACAUUAGAGAUGCGGCUUGUUACGUGUGCUGGUCUUUUUCCAGAGCGUACGAAGGCAACGUCCUUACCCCGCACGUGAAAGACAUCGCGGGCGCGCUGUUAAUAGUGACGUGCUUCGAUAAAGAAAUUAAUUGCAGGCGAGCUGCUGCGGCUGCAUUUCAAGAAAACGUCGGUCGACAGGGUACUUUUCCACACGGUAUAGAUAUACUUACAACAGCGGAUUUCUUUUCGGUCAGCGUGAGAAGCACGGCAUUUCUGAACAUCAGCGUGUACAUUGCACAAUUUGAAGAGUACACAUUACCAUUAAUAGAUCAUUUGGUGUCGCGGAAAGUGGAUUAUUGGGAUUCCACUAUUAGAGAAUUGACUGCUAAAGCUUUGCAUAAUCUUACUUCUAGAGCUCCGGAUUAUAUGGUAUCGUCGGUUCUGCCGACAUUACUGGAAAAAACUUGUUCGAUAGAUUUAAACGCCAGACACGGCAGCGUCUUGGCUAUCGGUGAAAUCGUGCUUGCUUUAUCGGCUGCUAAGGACAUUGCUCCACUAAAUGAGGAUUUAUUGGAAAAGAUUAGGUUGCUAAUUUCGAAAUUUCGCGAAAAGUUUUACUUCAAAGGCUUGGGCGGCGAAUUGAUGAGACAGGCGUGUUGCGAUUUCAUUCAAAAGUGUUCGCUGGCCCAUUUGCCCUAUCACGACGAUCCGGUCGUGGACGAUUGGCUCCUGUUACUCAACGAGUGCAUUUCUUACGAAGUCGCGCAUGUUCGUGCGGUCGCCAUAACGGCCCUUCCGGCCUUGUUGCAAGAAUAUUACAUAUCGAAGUUGGAAAAGUGCGAUGAUAUUACCAAAAAAUACGUGACGGACCUUCUAAAUACCAGCAGCGAGCAAAGUCGAAUGGGCUAUUGUUUGGCUUUGGGUGCUUUGCCUAAGCCGAUUCUAGAAAGAAAUUUGGAUUUAAUUAUAACAUCGUUGAUCAAAUCCAUAGAAAUAACGCCAAGCACAUUGAAAUGGGCUGAAAGUAGAAGAGACGCCGUGAAAGCGUUGACUUCGGUCGCUUUAACAAUGGCCGAUAGCAUAGGCAAGGAAUUCGCGACAUCGAAAGUCAAUGAAAUUUACAAUACGUUCUUGGAAGGUCUCAAGGAUUAUACGGUAGAUAAACGAGGGGACGUUGGUGCUUGGGUAAGAGAGGCGUCGGUGCUUGGAAUUCAAAAUGUCACAUUUUUCCUAUCGAAGGUGCAUCCACAAAUACUAACUGCUGGAUUAAUGGGUGAACUUUUAACCAGGAUAGCUCAACAAGCUGUCGAAAAAAUUGAUAGAACGCGAGCUCAUGCCGCUCAAAUAUUUUAUAGUUUUAUACACACCGAACCGAAAAUAUCCAACAUUCCGCAUCACAAGGAAUUGAUGAAAAUAUUUCCUAAAGACGAAUGUGACGUUUUAAAUUGGAAAUCUUCUUCUGUCACGUUUCCCAAGUUUGUCCAGCUCGCUAAAUUACCAGCUUUUACGUACAAUAUCAUGGUAGGGCUUAUUUGUUCAAUUGGUGGAUUAACCGAGACUUUGGUCAAGGAUUCCAGUUCGUCGUUCUUUUCAAUGCUGAAAACGGAGGCUUCUCCUAGUUUUAUACAAGAAUUGAGCGAUGUUAUUCUGAAAAUAUUUAUGGAUUAUCAAAAGAUCGACAGGAUUACAGUACCUAUGUUUAGGUUUUUGGAUAAGUUGUUCGAUUCCGGCUGUCUGGACUCCGUAAUUACCGUCGAUAAUUCCGACUUCAUGAAAAAACUCUUUAAAUUAAUCCAGUUGGAAAUUUCAGGAUGCCGAGAUAUAUACAAAUUAAUCGACGGGAUUAACGUAUUUUGUCAGUUUAUUCAUUUGAAAGGGGAAAUAUCUGAUACAGCCUUGAUUCAGCUUAGCAUUCUCUUGUGUCAUCGACAAUCGUACGUACGAAGAACCACUUCCAGCAAAUUGUAUGAAGCCUUAUUAGUACAUGAGGAAGACAGCAAAUUAACGCCCGAAACGUUGGAAUCCGUGAUGAUGGUUCUCAGUUCCACCGAUUGGGAGAAACCCGUCGAUGAAAUUCGGCCUGUACGUAACGAAUUUUGUAGAUUAAUGGGCAUUAGAACUCCAGUAAUCGCUAAGAAAACCUAACAUUAUAUUUAAUUAUAUUUAUAUUUUUAUAAUUUAUAACAAAAUUGCUUUAAGUGUUUGGUUUUAACCAGAUGUUUGUUUAAUCACAGCCUGUUAAAAAUAUUUAUAAAAUAAAAGAUUAAUA